AUGGCGCAUUUCCGCAGCAACCUGCUGCUGUGGGAUACCAGCAACCGUAUGCCCCGCCUGCGCCUGACGUUGGGGGGCAUGACCCAGCAAUUCGGCGGCAUGGGCAUGGCUGAACCGCACCACAUGCCCCCGCCUCAGCAGCAGGCAGCGGUACAGCAGCGUAACGUACAGCUGAACCAGCUCUACCCCACGGAUCUCAUCUCUCAGCCUUUCAAUGUCGCGGAGCUGGAUUACCCUCCCCGCCAAUCAUCCUGCCCCCCGGAGUUUACCAGUGUUUACCCAUCCCCAACGGCCAAUUGUCCACCAAAGUAUAUGCGGUCCACGCUGAACGCGGUCCCGACGAACAACUCGCUUCUAAAGAAGUCCAAAUUACCUUUCGCCCUGGUCAUCCAGCCUUACGCCGCUCUCCACGACGCCGAGGAUCCCGUCCCCGUCAUUCCUGACCAAGUGAUUUCACGGUGCCGCCGCUGUCGAUCGUACAUCAACCCUUUUGUCACAUUCCUUGACCAUGGCCACCGCUGGCGCUGUAAUAUGUGCAACCUGACCAAUGAUGUCCCGCAGGCCUUCGAUUGGGAUGCGACUUUGCAAAAGCCGGCGGACCGCGCAUUGCGCGCAGAUCUCAACCACAGCAUUGUGGAAUUUGUUGCGCCUCAAGAAUAUAUGGUCCGACCUCCCCAGCCACUCGUGUACCUGUUCUUAAUCGAUGUGAGCUACUCCUCGGUGACCAGCGGUUUACUGGCCACCAGCGCGCGCUGCAUCAAGGAGAGCUUGGAUCGGAUUCCUAACGCAGACCGCCGAACUCGGCUGGGCUUCAUUGCCGUGGACUCGAGUUUACACUAUUUCAGCAUCCCUCGCGAUGGCUCUGCAAGCUCAGCGCCCCGCAUGUUGGUUGUCAGUGAUCUGGAGGACCCCUUCCUUCCCAUACCAAGCGACCUCUUGGUUACACUCAGUGAAUGUCGGGAGAACGUCGAGUCAUUCCUCGACAAACUGCAGGAGAUGUUCCAGAACACCCAGAACAACAGCUGCGCCAUGGGUUCGGCUUUGAGGGCGGGAUACCAGCUGAUCUCACCCGUCGGUGGGAAAAUGACAGUCUUGAGCGCUUCGCUGCCAAACAUCGGCAUUGGCUCGCUGACGAUGCGUGAGGAUAAGAAGGUGCUUGGCACCAGUAAGGAAUCGAGUCUCCUCCAAACCGGGAACUCUUUCUACAAGAGCUUCGCCGUCGAAUGCUCUAAGGCUCAGGUCUCCGUGGACAUGUUCCUCUUCUCAUCCCAAUAUCAGGAUGUUGCCUCUUUGAGUAACCUGCCUCGCUACACGGGUGGCCAGACGUAUUUCUACCCCAGCUGGAGCGCGGCCCGCAGCGAGGAUGUCAUCAAGUUCGCGCUUGAGUUCUCUGAUUAUCUCUCCUCGGAGAUUGGUUUGGAGGCCGUCCUUCGUGUGCGUGCUACCACUGGCCUUCGCAUGAGCACUUUUUACGGCAACUUCUUCAACCGGAGCUCCGACCUUUGCGCUUUCCCGGCCUUCCCGCGUGACCAGGCUUAUGUAGUCGAAGUGGCCAUUGACGAGACCGUGGCUAAGCCCGUUGUGUGUCUUCAAGCCGCUGUUCUUCACACCACCUGUAACGGCGAGCGUCGCAUCCGAGUGAUUACAGUCGCGCUUCCUACCACCACCAACCUGGCCGAUAUCUAUGCCUCUGCCGAUCAACAGGCCGUGGCCACCUUCUUUAGUCAUAAGGCGGUUGAGCGCACUUUGAGCAGUGGUCUCGAUCCGGCCCGUGAGGCCUUACAGGCGAAGAUCAUUGAACUCUUGAGUACUUACAGGAAGGAGCUUGCUGGUGGCAGCGUGGGUGGUGGUGGUCUUCAGUUCCCCGCCAACCUGCGGGGCCUGCCUGUUUUAUUCCUGGCUUUGAUGAAGAAUAUCCCCACGGACAUGCGGUCCGCCGCUCUUUGCCUGCUGUCGACCCUUCCCCUUCCUCUCCUCAUCCAAUACAUUUACCCCAAGAUGUAUUCCCUUCACGACAUGCCCGACGCUGCCGGCCUUCCCGACCCUGAGACCGGCGAGAUCCGCCUGGCCUCAUACGGUCUGUACCUGAUCGACGAUGGACAGACUCAGUUCUUGUGGGUCGGCCGUGAUGCAGUGCCGCAGUUGAUCGAUGAUGUAUUUGGAGUCCCCGACCGGAGUCAACUCCGGGUGGGCAAGCAGUUCCUCCCCGAAGUAGAGAAUGAGUUUAACCAGCGAGUACGGGCGGUGGUCGAGAAGAGCCGCGAUCACCGCUCUAAGGGCGUUGGCAGCAUGAUCGUGCCUCACCUGUACGUGGUUCGUGAGGAUGGCGAGCCCGGUCUCCGCCUCUGGGCCCAGACCAUGCUGGUGGAGGACCGCGCCGACCAGGGUGCCAGCUUAGAUCAAUGGAUGGCCACUCUGCGGGAGAAGGUAUGA